AUGACUGAAAAGUCUUUUGUUCCUGACUUCAUUGUUUACCUAGUAGAAAGGGAUGCUCAUUGUAAACAAACAAUGCUUUCUUUAAAUGUGGAUUUAGAUCCAUCAACCUUUGAGGAAGCUAUGAAGUCUCAAUAUGUUGCUUUCUGGAAAGCAAUAACUAAUGAGAUGGAUUCUAUCAUGGGUAACAAUACUUGGAUACUUGCUGAUUUGCCACUUGGAUCCAAACCAAUUGGUUACGACAUGAUUAUUUUUGGUACAGCCAAUGAUGUCAUUGACAGUACUAAAAGUUUCUUGUCAUCUAGCUUUAGUAUAAAGAACAUGGGCUUGGCUGAUGCUGGAAAAGCUGUUAAUCGGUUAGAAUACUCAGGAGUAAUAGGUAGCCCAAUGUAUGCCAUGACUUGCACUAGACCUAAUAUUGCAUUUGCAAUGGAAAAACUUAGUAGAUACACUAGUAAUCCCAGUAGUGUGCAUUGGCAUGCUGUUAAUCGAGUACUUAAAUACAUGAGGAAAAGAAUAAACUAUGGAAUAUUCUAUAAUGGCUAUCCAGCAGUCUUGGAAGGAUUCAUGGAUGCUAGUUGGAUAAUUGAUCGUGAGGAUCAUUCGUCUACAAGUGGUUAG